AAAUACGGCAGACGCUUUAAGCAACGUUGUAUUAAUGUGUUUUUAUGGUGUAGAACCCUUGGAUAAAUUGAAUCAGUGGGUUGUAGAAAAAUUCUCAAAAGUUAAAAAUAAGGCGAUUCCUAUACCAGUUCCUAAAGAACAUUAUCCUAUUACUGAGAAAGAAUUAGGGAGUCAAAUUUCAAUGAAACCUGUUAAAGACAAUCAUUAUUUAGAACUAACUUUUCCAUUUCCUGACCAAGAACCUCUUUAUAAUUCACAAUUGAGUGCUUAUAGCAGUCAUGAGUAUGUUGGAUUUGAGGUAUUUAAAAUAUCGAUUGAACUUACCGAAGAAGGGCUAGCUCAUUAUGAGGAAACUGUGGAAAUUUGUUUUCAGUAUAUCGAAAUGUUAAAGCAAACCGGCGUUCAAUCAAUUGCAUCGAUAGACUUUAGAUUUCAAGAAAAAUAUUCACCAUCCUACUAUACGUCAAAACUUGCCGUACAAAUGCAACGUCCAUAUCCACGUGAACUUAUUUUAAGUGGUUCUCAUUUGAUUCGUGAAUAUAAUCCAGAACUCAUCCUUGAAGAAUUAAAUUGUUUAUGCUGGGAUAAAUGUAUUAUUACUUUAUCUAGUAAACUGUUAAAAGGACUUGAUAAAAAGGAAAAAUGGUUUGGCACCGAAUAUAGGCUGGAAAAGAUUAGUGAAAAACUUUUAAAGGCAAUUCAGAAUCCAAAACUUCAUCCGGAUCUUAAGAUCCAUCCGCCGAAUAUUUUUAUUCCUUCAAAUUUUGAAGUCGACAAACUUAUAGAUGUACCGCGUACAUAUCCCGUUCUUAUAAAAAAUACAACAUCGAGUCGUCUUUGGUACAAAAAGGAUGAUACAUUUUGGAUACCUAGAAUUGUGGCACAUUUCAUAAUAAGAACUCCAAUAGCACAUUCUACACCUCUGAAUUCUGUAAAAACUCGAUUAUACAUUGGCCUUGUAACUGACGCAUUUACAGAAUAUGCAUAUGAUGCCGAGAUAGCAGGUCUUGUUUAUUAUCUCUACAAUCAUGAUGAAGGAAUAAUUGUGACAAUUCAAGGUUACAACGAUAAAUCGCCUUUACUUCUCCGUAAUAUUGUUGAAAAAAUGAAAUCAUUCCAAAUUGAUCCAAAUCGAUUUCAAAAAAUAAAAGAAGAAUUAAAAAGAUCAUAUGACAAUCGUUCAUUGGAUUCUCCCAGUUAUCAAGCCAUGUAUUACAGAAGUUAUGCAACCACUCAAAAAUCAUGGACACACAAAGAAAAGAGUAAAUUAUUAGAUAAAAUCCAAUAUGAGGAUGUACAGCAAUUUUAUCCAUCUUUAUUUGAUCAAGUACUGUUUGAAGGGUUUGUUCAGGGAAAUAUGAGCCGAGAAGAUGCGUUAGAUAUGAUUAAAAUCUUAGAGGAUACAUUGAAACCAUCCGAGGAAAUCUUAAAAUCACAAUUAACUGGAAAUAGAAGUGUGUGUAUACCUGAUGGAAAAAAAUUCUUUUAUACGAUGGAAGUUUCAGAUGAAAAAGAAAUUAACAGCGCUAUAGAAUAUUACAUACAAGUUGGUGAUGUAAUGGACAAAGAAUUGCGAGCUAAGUUAGCAUUAGUAGGACAAAUUUCUGAAGAACUUUCUUUUGAUCAACUAAGAACUAAGGAACAAUUAGGAUAUUGUGUUUGGAGUACAGUAGAGGAAGGAACAGGUUCAAUGGCACUCAGAAUUGUUAUUCAAAGUGAAAAAGAUCCUAUUUAUUUGGAAAAUAGGAUCGAAGAAUUUUUAAUUAAAUUACAGACAAUAAUUGAAGAUAUGCCAGAAGAAGAAUAUAAAAAAGAAAUAGCUUCAUUGAUUAGUAAGAAGUUAGAAAAACCUAAAAAUUUAAGUGAAGAAAUUGGGACUGAUGUAUCGAACAUACGUGAAAUCGCAAAAACCGACCUUCUAGAAUUCUAUAAAACCUAUAUUCAUCCCCGUUCACCUGUACAGAAAAAACUUUCAAUUCAUUUGAAAUCCAAAAAUCUUGCAUUAUUAAAACGGUUUGAUUCAAUUGAUAUUAAAAAGUUGCAUGCGCUUAUAACUUCUCAAGGAUUCGCAAGUAUUACAGAAGAUGAAUUAAAGGGCGCUAUUGAUAUUCUGAAAGUUCAAAGUGCUGGGAAAGAUGCUCUGAAAAUUGAAAUGGAGAUUAAAAAUUUAUUUUUGAAAAAAGUUAGAGAGAUGAAUAGCGACCAAGAAGUAAGUAAAGAAGUAGAGACAACGUUGGAUAAAUUAUGUGAAGAUUUCAUGAAUUUAAUUUCUGAAGAUGGAAAGGCAGAAACGAAAAAUAAGGAUGAAAAGAAGGAUGAAUAUGAGUUAUCAUCUGGUAACGAGAUGAUUGAUGAUCUAUUUUUAUUCAAAAGUAGAAUGAAAUUAAGUCCUGAUGCUAUGCCUGUUUUACCAUGGA